UAUUUUAACACUAUUAUUUACCGACAUUUUUAUUACAAUGCAACCUACUCUUAGUUUGUUAAGUCGUUCGGUUUGGAAAGGUCCUUUUUUUGUAAAAUUUCCUGGGUUACGUCAGGCUCAGGCAAAUAACGUUCCGAUAAAAACCCAAGCAAGAUCAUGUACAAUCUUACCAGCAUUUGUUGGAUUAAAGUUUUUGGUACAUAAUGGUAAAGAUUACAUACCUGUUACAAUUACGGAAGAGAUGGUUGGUCAUAAAUUAGGAGAAUUUUCCCCUACUAGAAAGAAAUUUACUUUUAGAAAGACUAAAAAUAAAUAAAUAAAUAUAAAACUAUCCGUGACUUUCAAAGAGGAAAAUAUU